AUGCAGAACAGAACCUGUCUAGUUCUCUGUGCCUUUGCCCUUCUGAUGGGCUUCCUGAUGAUCUGCCUGGGGGCCUUCUUCAUUUCCUCGGGCUCCCUGUUCAACUGCCAGGGGAACCUGAUCCUGGCCUAUUUGCUUCUGCCUCUGGGGUUUGUGAUCCUUCUGAGUGGAAUUUUCUGGAGCACCUACCACCAGGCCAGUGAAAGCAAAGGGGUGUUCAGCCGUGUGCUCAGACACUACGGUGCUCAGGGGGCCCUGCCCCUGGCCACAGUGGACAGGCCAGAUUUUUACCCUCCUGCUUAUGAAGAGAGUCUUGAUGCUGAAAAGCAAGGCUGUCCUGCAGAGCAAGAGACCUCGGAUGUUCCUCCACCUCCGUAUACAGAGAUGGGCCUCGAAUUUGAGGAUGAAGGUGAUGCCCACCCGGAGGCCCCACCAUCCUAUGACGAGUCUGUAGCAGACAGGGUGGAGGCAGCAACGCCACUGCAGGAUGCUGAGAGGCAAAACCAAGAGUGCUGA